UCACAUUCAAUACGUUCAACACCCAUUUAUUAUUGCCGCAAUCACAACACACAACAUGUCGUGCAAGAGGAAAACUAGGCUGUGGGACCCCAUGGCCAAAGAUGUUAACUACAUGAAGACCGCCACCCAAGAAAUGCUAGAAGAGGGGGCCAAAGUGCAGAGAGCGGUUCGUUCAGUAGAGCGGAAACUGGUCAAUUUUCAGUCAUUCAAUAUGGAUGAUCCCCGCUAUGGGUCUGCUGACGUUGAAGAUGAUCUGGAAUUGCCUCUGGUGACCAGCUACAUGCGCCACUACUCCCAGCCUUAUCCCUCGCGCCUCAAGGCCCUGGCGCCGAAGACCGAAACUCCUGAUCCCAUGUUCAAUCGCUUGCCCACAAACGACUUCGAAGCCAAGACGGGACUGGCCUACAAGUUCCUCGAUGAUCACAUGCACAAUGUGUCCGAGGCGCGCAGGAAAGUUAACUUUUUCAGGCAACUGCGAAACCAAUCAUUCUUUCAAUAUUAAUCAUGACUACCAAUGGACUGUGGACCCUCCACUCCACCAUCACUCUUCGUUAUUUUAAUUUACAAUUUGUAUGUGCCAUGGAUAAUGGUCGAGCGCAAUUUGGAAGGGGAAAUAAAGCACAUUUUU